GUCAGCGACUCGCACGUGCGCAGGAAAACAGCCCCGGUUCCGCGAGUAUACAAGUUCGCGCCUUGGUCUUCGUCUCUGCAAAGCACUGGCCAUGGACUCCCCUUGGACCAAUUCCGCUGAGGAAACUCUUCGUUUCUUCCAAUCUGACCCGGCUACAGGUCUUUCGCAAGACCAGGUGAACAAGCAUGCUCAAACGUAUGGCAAGAACGAACUUCCUGAGGACCCAUCAACACCAUUAUGGGAGCUGAUCCUUGAACAGUUCAAGGACCAGCUUGUACUCAUCCUUCUCGCCUCGGCCGUCAUUUCAUUCGUUCUCGCUUUGCUCGAAGAUAAUGAGUGCGGCUCGAUAUGGGGCGCAUUCGUGGAACCGUCCGUUAUUCUGCUCAUCCUCAUCGCCAAUGCGACUGUUGGAGUUAUCCAGGAGACAAAUGCGGAGAAAGCCAUCGACGCUUUGAAAGAGUACUCGCCCGACGAGGCCAAGGUUUUGCGUGGCGGACAAAUAGGUCGUAUUCACUCCACCGAACUCGUCCCAGGAGAUAUCGUCGCUGUCGCCGUUGGCGAUAAGAUCCCCGCCGACUGUCGCCUUCUCUCCGUCUCAUCCAGCAGCUUCCGUAUCGACCAGGCUAUCCUCACCGGCGAGAGUGUCAGCGUGAACAAGUCCACUGAAGUCGUUCCGGAUCUCAAGGCUGUGAAGCAAGACAUGACGAACAUGCUCUUCUCGGGUACGACUGUCGUCAACGGAAGUGCACGGGCUAUCGUUGUUUUCACCGGUCAACGCACAGCUAUUGGUGACAUCCACAAGUCCAUCUCCUCGCAGAUCAACGAAAAGACCCCCUUGAAACGCAAGCUGGACGACUUCGGUGAUCAGCUCGCGAAGGUCAUCACUGUCAUUUGUAUCCUUGUCUGGGUCGUCAAUUUCCGUCACUUCUGGGAUCCGUCCCACCAUGGCGUCCUUAAGGGAGCUAUUUACUACUUCAAGAUCGCCGUCGCACUGGCUGUGGCUGCUAUCCCUGAAGGUCUUGCUGCUGUGAUCACUGCUUGUUUGGCGUUGGGCACGAAGAAGAUGGCACAGAAGAAUGCAAUUGUGCGAAACCUGCCGAGCGUGGAGACUCUGGGGAGCACGAAUGUCAUUUGCUCGGACAAGACGGGAACUUUGACGACGAACCAGAUGUGUGUCUCGAAGUUCUUUGUCGCCGGCUCGAGUGGCACCCCGCAGGAAUACCUAGUCGAGGGAACAUCUUUCUCGCCUUUAGGAUCCAUCACGACCGCCAACGGGAAGGAUGCAUCCGCCGACCUCCACUCAGAACCCAUGCAGCGCUUGGCCGAAAUCAGCGCCAUCUGUAACGAUUCGAAGAUUGUGUACCUCCAGGAGAAGGAUGCCUACGCCAAUGUCGGGGAACCUACUGAAGCUGCUCUCAAAGUCCUCGCCGAAAAAAUUGGCUGCCCCGACAAGGAGCUUACUGCGUCGCUCUCUACCCUCCCUCCUGUGGUCCGUGCCAGCGCUGUCAACGACUACUACGAACGUACCAUUCCCCGUCUCCUCACCUUCGAGUUCUCUCGUGACCGCAAGAUGAUGUCCGUCCUGGUGAACCACAAUGGCACAGGUGCUCUUUUCGUCAAAGGCGCACCUGAAUCUGUUCUCGACCGCUGCAGUUCCAUUCUCGUUCCUGGUGGCGAACAUGCCCCACUUACUGCCGCCACCCGUAACGCCAUCUUGGAGCAGACCAUCACUUACGGCAAACACGGUCUCCGCACCCUCGCUCUCGCCUUCGUCAAUGUUCAUGACACGGAUGCGGCUCACUACAAGUCACAAAGCUCGACCGACUACUCCCGUUUCGAACAGGGUCUCACCUUCGUCUCUCUCGUCGGCAUGCUCGACCCUCCCAGGCCCGAGGUCCGCCCUGCCGUUGCGAACUGCAAAGCUGCUGGAAUCCGUGUCAUCUGUAUCACCGGCGACAACAAAGGUACGGCGGAGACGAUUUGUAGGCAAAUUGGGAUCUUCGGCGAGGAUGAAGAUUUGACGGGCAAGAGUUACACCGGACGAGAGUUUGAGGCACUCAGUCAGGAGGAGAAGGUCUUGGCUGUGCAAAGGGCUUCGUUGUUCAGUCGGACAGAACCUGGUCACAAGAGCCAGUUGGUCGAUUUGUUGCAGGGAUUGGGCUUGGUUGUGGCUAUGACUGGUGAUGGUGUCAAUGAUGCCCCUGCUUUGAAAAAAGCCGAUAUCGGUGUCGCUAUGGGAAGUGGCACUGAUGUCGCAAAACUCGCCGCCGAUAUGGUUCUCGCGGACUCGAACUUUGCCACAAUAGAAUUGGCUGUCGAGGAAGGUAGACUUAUCUAUAACAACACGAAGCAAUUUAUCCGCUAUCUAAUUUCCUCCAACAUCGGCGAGGUCGUCAGUAUCUUCUUGACGGUCCUCCUCGGAAUGCCUGAGGCGCUUAUUCCCGUCCAACUACUCUGGGUCAACCUCGUCACGGAUAGUCUUCCGGCUACGGCUUUGGGCUUCAACCCUCCAGACCAUUCGAUCAUGCGUGUACCACCGCGGAGUAGCCGUGAGCCCUUGAUCUCCAAGUGGCUCUUCUUCCGUUAUAUGGUCGUUGGCACGUAUGUCGGUGUCGCCACUGUGGCCGGCUACGCGUGGUGGUUCAUGUUUUACAGCGAGGGCCCCCAGAUCACGUUCAACCAACUUACUCACUUCCACCAAUGCUCGUCUCUGUUCCCCGAGAUCGGCUGUGAGAUGUUCACAAACACGAUGGCAAACCGCGCUUCGACGAUCUCACUUUCCAUCCUUGUCACCGUCGAGAUGUUCAACGCGAUGAACUCCCUCUCUGAGAACGAGUCCUUGUUGCGUCUGCCGCUGUGGAAGAACCAGUUCCUCGUCGCCGCGAUCACGUUGAGCAUGGCGCUUCACUUUAUGAUCUUAUAUGUUCCCUUCUUUAGCGCGCUAUUCCAUAUCACGCCUCUCAAUUGGGUUGAGUGGAAGGCCGUAUUAUACCUGAGCGCACCCGUGUUGGCAAUAGACGAAGUGUUGAAGUUUGUUUCGGCGACUUUUGUGGACCCUCCGACGAAGGUCAAGGCGGACUGAUGAGGAAGACAUGGACUAAUGACUGUUACAACACUCAGAUUUUUAUACACCACCCAUUUGUAUUCAUGUAGAGCAUCUUAAAACUAAUGGGAUGUUAUGGAUCUUGACCACCG